GAUAAUCAACUUCCGGCGGUGUUGGUCUUACUUUACAGGACUCCUCGCUUUUAUUUUCUGUGUCUCAACUCCUUGUUGAGUUAUUAUAUCACUGGUGUUGGCAUGCCAUGGAAGGCCCAGACACAUACCUCAUACGACCCAACUAUCAGCACAAAUUCAAGCCUGCAGUCGUAAAGGAGUGCAUUCGCGAAACAGUGAAGGCACGCCUGUCUGAAGUGCAAUACGACCCAGAUGAGGUCUCAGAGCUUACCCGCACACUGGCGGACUGUGUGAAGAAUAAAGUGAAGAAUCUAGGGUUUCACAGGUACAAGUUUGUUGUGCAGGUGACGAUUGGAGAACAACGUGGACAAGGAGUCAAGAUGUCUUCAAGGUGUUUAUGGGAUGCUGAUACAGACAACUAUGCAGAAGAUGUUUUCAUGAAUGAAAGCUUGUUCUGUGCGGUGGCCGUGUUUGGAAGCUAUUUCUACUGAGGAGCUGGGAGUAUGAGUGUGGAGGAGGAUGGCAGCUGCUGAGGCGAAAAGAUGGGACAGAAAUCUGUCGGUGACAUGACAUCAUUCCGAUUUUCCUUUACCUGACUUAAUGUGACUGCGUGAAGCCCUUUAUAAUUUAAAUUUGAAAUAAACUACAUGUUUCUUACUGAAGCAAUAGAACAGAAAGAUUAUGAUGAUAAUAAAAAAACUAUUCAAAUAUAAUGAAAGACGUAAAUAAUACUGAUAUAGCAAUGUUAUGAAUGUAAUAAUGAUUUGAGUAAAUUGUAUAUUUUAUGAGGGUAUCAUUUUAAAUAUAAAUAAAAUAGGAUUUCCUGUACAGGCAAUUCAUUUCAUUACCAUAUUUAAAUAUUUCUUCCAUCAUAAUGGAUGGUGUUUCAUGUUGUUGGUAUAAUACUUAUCUAACAUUGUCAAUCAUAAAUGAGUAUUUUUACAUUUUUAGAAAGUGGCAGAAAUUUUGCUACAGCUCUUUAUUGGAUCUGAAUCCAUUGUGCUGUUUUAAUGAACUCAUCUCAGAUUCAGCACGCAUCACACAAACGAAUAAAUCCACUUUAUGUAUAUUUUCUCGUCUUUGUACGCUUUCAGAUGGACAGAUGCUUUAGUGUUGUUGCACCGUAAAACGUACUCAAACGCAUUAUUGCCACAGUUACCUUGAAAAAGUAACAUGGUUACUUUACUGAUUACUUGAGAUUAAAAGUAAUUUACUUUAUUGAUUACUUGAUUUCAAAAGUAACUAAGUUAGAAAAAAGUAACUUUAGUUACUUUCAGCAGCUGCCAAGUGGGUGUAAUAUCACUUAUCCACAGUACAGAAAAAGCAUUAGCUUAACCGUACCCAUUACUUGGUAAUGUACGCCACAUCAGUUACAAAAUGAUGUCAUCAACAUGAACCAGUAACUUAAAUUUUACUGUAGUUGAAGCCACAUGAACUGAGCAACUUAGUGCAGAUUUGACAUGCCAACACAGUAUAGUAAGUACCUAAAUGUAAACAAGCAAACCAUUCUCAGUACACUUCUUUAAAGACUCUUAACUGACAGAUAGAUGGAUGCCGAUUGUGGUCCCAUGAAGGCGGGUGUGUGUGUGUGCGUGUACGUAAAUGUUAAAGUGAGUGUCGGUUUGAUAUUCGGGGGCAUACAAACACACACAAACCAUUGCUCCCACCAUCGUAAUUUCGAUGCGAAGAGCGAGAAAACGUGACAAGAUUAUGCAACUGUUUAACUAGCAGAGCUGUGGAUGAUUGACGAGGGGAGAAGCACUUACUUACAGGACGUCAGCCCUGCAAGCGCGUGUCACCAGCUCACAGUCCGGACUACAGACGAAGUUGAAACUUCUUACUUUUCAUUGUAAAUAUUAUUUAAGAUAAAUAUUGUAAGUCCUUCAGUGAGUCAUUCCUUAACCUCCACGACUGAUUUAUGACCGCGCAGUUCGGUAUGAAUAAUUAACCCACAAUGCAUUGCGCACUUAACACGCCAGUACAACUGUAUUCUUAGUGUAAAUACAAAAGUAACAACAAUCAAAUACACUUUACAAAGGAAAAUAAAAAUAGUGUGGCAAUAGUGAAGUCGUGCAUUUCUUUGCACUUUUAUGGAACUGCACCGUCACUGUGCAUUGUAAAAUCGACAAUCACCUCCCAAGUUUAUCAUUAUUAUUAUGAUAUUUAAGAUAAGAGGUAACUCAGGAAGAAGUUGUGAACUAUAACUAUGUGAAAAUGAGACUUUUAGAAUGGGUAAUUUCCAGUGCUUUAGGAAUUACAUGGGAUCUUCCUUAGUCAAUUUCAGCAAAUCUACACCAGUUGGAAAAUAUUAUGCUUGUCACUCAGGCCACAGUAGACAAAUGAGGCAUCUGUCCAUCCAUUUUCUAUUCCGCUUAUGCUGAUCAGUGUCACAGGGAGCUGUACCCGAUCCCAGCUUACUUUGGGUGAAAGGCAGACAGAACUCAGGACUUGGUGCCAGUCAAUCAGACAACCAUUCAGACCUGUCACUGAGGGCAAACUGAACCCAUGCUGCCUGCACGGAAGUCAGGCGAGUGAACUGCUACAACAUUGGUGAGUUCCAACAAGGCAGAAGUGAGCAAUUGAGUGAUCAAGCUCAGGUGUAUCAAUUAGUGAAAUGACUCAUACUGAUUACAUAAAUAAUGCCAAUGGAGUCUUUCACCUGCUAUUUUUGGUACUGCAGGUGUUGCAAAUUUGAAAGUCAAAAUACAUAACAGUAAUUUAUGCAGACGUAGUAGCUAAAUGUGUUGACAUUUGUAAUGACUAGAAUGUCUUGGAAGCAGGAAACCCUCACAUGAUGUUGCCUUGACAUUGCCAAAACUUUCCACAUAUGAAUAAAAUGUAUUCAGUACCGUGCAGUGAAAACGUACUGGCCCCCUUCUGAAAUUCUUAUAUUUAUUGCAUAGUUUCCCCACUUUGUUUAAUAUCAUCAAACAAAUGUAAAUAUCAGAUAAUUAUAACCCAAGUGAACUUAAAAUGCUGUUUUUAAAUGACUUCAUUUAUUAAGGGAGAAAAAAACACUCUUCAAAGUUACCUGGCCCUGUGUGAAAAAUUAACCCCCUUGUUAAACCAUUACUUAAUUGUUGCUAAUCACAAUUUUUGGUUAAUUUUCAGUGAUCACACCCAUGCCUGAUUAGCUCCAGACUUGUUUAAUCAAGAAAUCACUUUAAAAUAAUCUGUACCGACAAAAUAAAGUCAGACAAAAGAUCUGAUCAGAACAGUCGAGAAAUAAAGUAACUGACACCUAUCAGUCUGGAAAGGGUUACAAAAGCCAUUUCUAAAGCUUUAGGAUUCCAGAGAACCAUAGGGAGAGCUGAUAUUGUCUGAUAUUUACAUUUAUUAGAUGAUUUUUAAAGCGGGGAAACAGCAAAAAUAUAAGAAUUUCAGAAGUGGGCCAAUACUUUUUCACGGCACUGUAUAUAAAGGUUCAUAUCUUUUCAUGAGAAAACACUGAAGAAAUGACACUUAGCUACAAUGCAAAGCAGUCAGUGUACAGUACAUUAAAUUGUGAAUUUACUGUCCCCUCAAAAUAACUGAACAGAGCCAUUUAUGUGGCCACUGGCAACAAAAGUGAAUACAACCCUAAAAGAAAAUGUCCAAAUUGUGCCGAAAGUUUCAAUAUUUUGUGUGGUCACCAUUACUUUCCACCACUGCCUGAACGCUCAUGGGCUUGGCGUUCAACAGAUCUUCACAGGUUGCCACUGAAAUCCUCUUCCCCUCCUCCUCGACGAAAUAAUGGAGCUGGUGGCUUUGAGCAGUGUUUCUCAACCAGGUGUCUGUGGAACCCUGAUGGUCCGUGGUGUAAUUGCAAGGGUCCGUGAAAAUAAAUACCUUUUUAAAAAGAUCCUAUGACAUUUAUAGAGAGAGGAUGAUUUUACUCAAAUGUAAACUGAGACCUUUAUCUACCUAAACUAUCGAGGGUACAUGAUAUUUUUUUCCCCUGCAAUUCCAUCAGUUUUAAAAGUGUAAUUCAUUGCAUUUUAAUAAGGUGUCCUGUCUGCCUUUGCUGUGUUAAAAUAAGGGAGUCCUCAGGGUCUAUCAAAAAAACUGCGGGGAGUCCCUGACCCUAAAAAGGACUUGUGCUCCAGAACCUUCCAUUUUAUGACUGGAGACAUGCUUGGCCAGUCCACGCCCUCAUCCAGUCCUAGAAUAAUUCUUCCGGGAUCCCCAGCAGCAUCGUCGUCACAGCCAUCUUGAUGUGUUCUGCAUCUUCAAAAUGGCUCUCGUUAAUGACCCCCUUGAGCUUGCGAAAGAGGAAAAUAAUCACACGGAACCUGGUCAGGUGUGUAGGGAGGUCGCUUCAGCAUGGUGAUGUUCUUCUUAGCCUGCAGGAACAUUCGGGUGAACAGUGUGAGCAGGCAUGUUGUCAUGGUAAAUCAUCCACAAAUUGUCCUGACACAACUUUCGAGUCUUCUCACGCUCUGAACGAUCUCUUUGUAGACAUGCUAUUUGACUGUCAGGUCAG